AUGGCGCCCACGUAUGAGGCCUUGUCAUAUGUUUGGGGAAGUAGCGACAGGGUCGACAAAAUCAUAACCCCUGACGGACCUAUGUUCAUCACGAACUCUCUACAGUCUGCCCUACGCCAGGUCAGGGAUGAUGAGUUGCCCCUCUUGCUAUGGGUUGAUGCUGUUUGCAUUAACCAAGCAGACGAUGACGAAAAGGCGGCUCAAGUGCAAAUGAUGGGCAAGAUAUACUCAUCAGCACAUCGCGUUUUAGCGUUUCUGGGCAACGAACCCGAAGAUACCGAAGAUACUUCGUUCUGCAUACGAGUUCUAAAGCUUCUCGCCAAGAUCCACCGGAAAGAAAUUCAGUAUUUGGAUCCUCGAGUCUGUGAGGCUGCAGAAAAGAUCAUCAAGCUGCCGUGGUUUGGGCGUGUCUGGGUCAUCCAAGAAUUCGCGUUGGCGAAAGAUGUCGACUUCAUAUGGGGCAGCACUUUCAUCAACUGGACGGUUUUCCGAGAUGCGUUCGAUGAAAACAAGAUGAGCGAUCUCAUCUGGCAUCCAUCCACAGGCAGGAUGAGAGAACAUAUCAUUGACUCUAACCACUACUACCCAGACGAGUUUGGCCAACAUAGAAGCGUCACGAAAUUGAUGGAAACUCGCCGCCGACUCCAGCUCGAUCCGGAUCACCCGAGUAUCCGUCUGUACAAUAUGUACAUGAUUCUUAAGGGGACCAAUUUCCAGUCUACCAUUCAUUCGGACCGGCUUUUCGCACUACUUGGAAUGGUACAUGAUAGCUCGCAUGAACUGUUGACUCCGGACUAUGGUGUUCCUUUCGAGACGGUCUUGCAGCGAUACGGCGACUACAUGCUGCGGGAUGUGGGAUUUGGGCUGUUGACCUGCGCCGGUCUAGGAUCUCCAACGUGGAGCGGGCCUUCAUGGCUCCCCCAUCUGAUGGAAUCCAGUCUCGAAUAUGGGUUUGUCAGUCUUUUUGGAGAAUUUCAAGCUGGUACCCAGAAGCCUGGCCCAAGUGAUUCAGUGGUUUCUCCCAACAUCUGCGUGGAAGGCGACGUUAUGAUGUUUGAUGGUAUACUGUUCGACGAAAUCAGGAACAUCGGGCCGGAGUUAUCCUACACUGAGGAAGGACGUACGACGUUGUACGAUGAAUUAGCACCGCAGUGGGGAAUAUCAAUAUUUCGGCGGCGUUUUCAACCCGGGAUGGAAGCCUGCCACACAGCGCCGGCAUUCGAAGAGCUGUGGUUGAACUUCCUGGAGGAUCAUUAUCAACACCGCCUUGCAGAAAUUCUGCGGAAAAUACUCCUCUCGUUCAACAAACUAGUCGAACCUAUUCAACACGAUGAGUAUCCGACCCACGAGGACCUUUUGACAGUCCAACUGCUAGUCGCCACGCACAGCAGAACGAGACCAGAAGAGGAAUAUCGGGUUCGAUAUCAUCCUGAGGAAUGCCAGUGGGAGUCGGACGACGAUGUUGAGGCAGAUGAACUGGACAGAGACCCCAACGAUCCCAUCUACAGGCUGAAGAAGGCGAUCUCCUGGUGGACAAGCCCGGAACUGGAGAACGAUCCGACUCCCCGGAUGGUUGACAAGUACCUCACCUACGACAGGAUGGUUCUGGACGCAGGCGGUGGUUUCUACUUUGGCUCAAUGGUCCAUUCACAGACACGAUUUGGCAGCACCAUGAGAGGAUACCUGGGAAAUGUGCCUCGACACACGAGGGCUGGAGAUGUUGUUUGUAUUCCUAUCGGGGGAGAUGCACCACUCAUUCUGCGCCCGAGUACAGAGAGACCAGGAAUGUUUCAGCUGGUUGGUAUUUGCUAUAUUCACGGAAUCAUGGAGGGGGAAGUAUUUGGUCUGGAGCACACGUGCGAAACUGUCAAGUUGUAUUGA